UGGCAGCUAAUUUCCUUGGAAUUAAGUGUAUAACAGUCUCGAUUUAAAAAAAAAACCCAAUUUAACUAUAAUCUUAAAGUUCUUUGUUUGGUCUUGUUUAUUGAUGUGUCAUUGAUUUGACCAGUACGCGCUAGACUUUGUUAACAAAGAACAGAUGUAACUCGUUGACACCAAUUAAUAGUCAGCAAUAAAGGAUACUGGCGGCACUCGGUGCUUUACGAAUCCGUUGAGAGAAGCGUAACAAAAAAUAAAAUGCCGUCGCCUAUUCCUGUGCACCGAAUUUUACCGAAAGGAUUUCCAGCUGCCAUUACUUUGCGGCCUUGUAGCAGUCCCAACCAGUUCAGAGGGAAGAGGCGAAACUUCUCCUUUGUAAAGCAGAGCAAUGGGGAGUUGCCACAAUGUCCUUGGUACACGGUCAUUUGGGAUGAAUUGAAGCUACUCGACCUUCUAGGCUCGGGCGGCUUCGGCUGGGUUUACAAAGGUACUUAUUAUGGCAAAACUGUCGCAAUAAAGAAGGUGAGAAAGUGCACGAAGAACAAGCUGGCUGCGAGGCAGAGUUUCUGGGCAGAGUUAAACGUGGCGCACCUGGCGCAUGAGAACAUUGUGAAAGUCGUCGCAGCCACCACGUCUGUUCCCGCGAACCCGCAAGCCGAGGAUAGCGUGGGCACCAUCAUCAUGGAAUACGCAGGAGGGACAAGUCUGGACCAUCGGAUCUAUAACUGCGCGCACCCGCUGGACGUCGGGGAGUGCUUGAGGUUUUCCAGUGACAUUGUGAGUGGACUGAGUUUCCUCCACUCGCACAGCAUCGUCCAUCUGGAUGUGAAACCAGCCAACGUCCUGAUCACAGAGUCGGGCCGUUGCAAAAUUGGGGACUUUGGCUGUUCUCACAAGCUGGCGGCGACCAGUGACUUAACACCCAAUGGCCAGUUGCGGCACCUAGGUGGUACCUACACACACCGGGCGCCGGAGCUGCUGAGAGGCCGUAACGCCACCCUCAAGGCGGACAUUUACUCCUUCGCCAUCACGCUGUGGCAGAUGAUGAGCGGAGACCACCCCUUCUCGGGCGAUCGGCAGUGUGUUAUGUAUGCAGUCGUGGCUUACAACCUGCGCCCUUCGUUUUCGCAUGUCUUCGACGAGACUUUGGUGGGCCGGAAGAUUCGCUCAGUCAUCGAUCACUGUUGGAAAGUUGAACCAAUUGAUAGACCUAGUGCAGAACAAUUGUUUGAAACUAUUACUAACUUGAAUUCGCUAUUGUAG